AUGCAGCAGGUCAACCUAUCAGGGGUGUCUGAAUUUGUUCUUGUAGGCCUUUCUGAUGCUCCAGAGGUCCGUUUGCUUCUCUUUGUGCUGUUUCUGAUCAUCUAUUUGGCCACCAUGGUGGGCAACAUCACAAUCCUGAUGGUCAUUAGCACAGACACACGGCUGCACAACCCCAUGUACUUCUUCCUCGGCAACUUGUCCUUGUUGGAUAUCUUGUGCCCCACUGUCACCGUGCCAAAGAUGCUGGGGGUCUUGUUGCUUGAGAGCAAGGUGAUUUCAUUCACUGGCUGCAUGCUCCAGCUGUUCUUGCUCAUUGAUGUAGUAGGGACAGAGGUUUUUCUCUUGGCUGUGAUGGCAUACGACCGUUACGUUGCCGUAUGUCACCCGCUGCAGUAUGUGAACGUGGUGAGUGUGAAGCUCUGUGCUCACCUGGCUCUUGGCACCUGGGCACUGGGGUUUUGCAACUCUCUGUUGCACACAUCUUUGAUUUUUACACUCCUCUUUCGAGGCUCUAACCAAAUUGACCAAUAUUACUGUGAUAUCCCUCCUAUGCUGGCUCUGUCUCACUCACCUACUUACAGUAGGGAAGUGGUGAUCCUCACGGUUGCUGGUGUCCUUGGAGGCAGUGCCUUUGUUGUCACUCUGAUCUCCUACAUCUACAUUCUCUUGGCUAUCCUGCACAUGAACUCUUCUGAGAGCAGGCACAAAGCCUUCUCCACUUGUGGUUCUCACUUGGCAGUAGUCUGCCUCUUCUAUGGGACCACCAUCUGCACCUAUGUACGGCCUUCCACUACCUACUCACCUCAUCAGGACAGGAUCGUUUCCAUGCUCUAUGGAAUCCUCACUCCCUUGCUAAACCCCAUCAUCUACAGCCUGAGGAACAAAGAAGUGAAGUGUGCCCUGAAGAGAGUGAUCAGCCAGUUUAAAGGGGGAGGUGUGCACCUCCAGGAGGCCAACAUGAUGCCAGAGCUUUGGGUCAUCGUUACAGGAGGAGAUGACUUCAAAAGAUUCUAUUAA